UACAGCGCCCCCUUCUGACUGAGCCUGUGUUUGUUGUUGCCGGGAGACUUCUUAAAACAGAGGCAACAUCUACUUAAAGUUCACUUCUCACCUCUCUUAUUGGGAGUUAUGGAAAACUCUAACGAGUGCAAUGAGAAGGAGAGGCUGAAGAUGAGGGUUGCUGUUUUAGAAGAGAGUGUGAAAUCCAGUGAGGUGGAGUGCAAAGCCAGCAGAGAGACGGUGCUGAGGCUGGUGGCAGAGCUGGACCAAGAGAGGAGGAAGGCUGCAAGCAGUGUAGCAGCACUUGAUUCACUCAAAGUGGAGCUUGAUGGUCUGGCUGUUGGGAGAAGAAGUGUCGAGAUGGAGAAGCAGACCCUAACUGAAAGACUUGAGGCCGGUAAGAGAGUGAUAGAGGCAGCCAGGCGAGAGUCACGCUGUCUGGAGAACCAGGUGGAGGAGCUUGAAAGAAGGACCCAAGAAGCUGAGGGCAAGCUGCAGGCAUUCUUGGAAAAGUUGGUCGGCCUCCUGGAGAAGAAGUGUGAGGACGUCAUCCUGCCCACGGAGAGAGAUGUUCUACAGACACUGGAUAACCUCUGCAAUAAGAGCUUGCCAGAGGUGGAAAUGAGGCUGUGUUGUGUUUCUGAAAAGCUGAGUGAGCAGACAGAGCUUCAUCACAGUGCACAACAGAGGGCUCAGCUUGCAGAGCAGCAAGUCCAAGACCUGAGGGGAAGACUGCAGUGUCUCGAGGCCGAACUGCUGACAGCAGACAUGUAUCGUGACCGACUGCAACACAGCAAACAGGAUUAUGAGGAAUUCUUGGAACAGCUGUCCAAGAUGAUGAAGGUUGAGGACUUUGACAUUGAUCUUGACUUCGAAAUGAAGCUAAAAUUCAUUCUGUCACGUGCCGAACAACUUGUUAGACAAGAGGGAACUGCUUUAGUUGAGAGUAAAAGUCUGACUUACAGCUUACAACGGAAGUUGAAAUCACAGAAGGACCAAAUAGAGAGCAGAGGACUCCACAUCCAACUACUGAGGAAAAAGGUUUCAGAGCUGGAGGAGGAGAAGAGGAGCCGAUCAGCAUUGGCUGCGGAACAAAAUGAUGCACAACUACAGGCCAUGAGGCUGCAGAAAAAACUGGAGCGUCUUCAAAGCGAACUGAAAGCAACCAAGCUUUCCAACACAGAGCUCAAGGCCCAGCUCUCCCAUACCAGCGAGCUCAAGCUGAAAGUCGCGCAACAGACUCAGACCAUGCAGGAGCAGAAAAAGAAGCUGGAUCUGCUGGCGGAGAAGACAAAGGUGGAGAAAAAGCUGAGCACAGUUAGCUCAGACCUGCAAAGCCAAGAGAAGAAGACAAGAGACGACCUACAGGAACUUCUUACCCUCAGACAGAGCCUGGCUCAGCUGUCUGAGAGGCAGAGAGAGUUGGUGGAUUUCCGCAUGCUGGUUUCUCAAACGUUGGGCCUGGACGCCACAGCGUUGGCUCUUCCAAAUUAUGAAAUCAUCAAAUUACUUGAAACCCUUCUUCAUGGCCAUUGUCACCGUCACCACCUUCAUCAUCAUGUUAACAUACCCCGACACUGCUCUACUCACCAGAGGCCUCACCUGCAACAAGUCCAAGAACUAUCCGAUGGCUCCAACCUGGAUGUUACCACCUGCAGAUCUCACGAAACUUAAAAUCUAUUCACUCCAUUCAUACCAAAUAUAAGUUGAAAUGUUGAGAAAUAGUGGAGAUAUUAAUUACUUUUAAGCAUAUAUAAAAUACAUCUUCUGAAACACAAAAUAACAAUUUAAAACUGUUUCUUUUAUAUUUGUGUUUUCAUGGGAAAAUCAAUGUAAGUAUGAUGCACAAAGGAUGAAAUAUUAAAAAUGCAAACUCACAAAUAAAAUGACAACUUUUAGAAUGAAGGUUUGGCAUUCAUUGUUUUUGAGAGUCGCAUAUACAUACAUUUCUCAUAUUAUUUCUUUUUGCAUUAUAUACAUAUGUUAAAUAACUCUGGACUGUUAUACAUUUGAUACUGAACUCACAGUCUUACAAAAUAUGCAAUAAUUCUAUUGGUCAUAUUUCUCAAUCUUAAAGACAUAUUUCAUAUCUUGAAAAAAUAAAA